CCAAGGACACAACAUGCAGAAACAGGCAGAAUUAUUCAAAUCCCAGGCUAUGCGACAUUUCAGACCAUCUAUAGGGGUUCUGUGUAUACAGACUGUUACCUUGAAGUAUUCAAGACCCAGAGACACAGACACAAUGAGCAUCCCUCAUAAGCUGAUUAUCAGCCAAUAGGAUUCCAGAUCCUUCUCUCAUAUCCUCCUCUCCGGUCAUUUAAAUACCAUCAGUGAGUGCUGUAAGAGGAUGGCACACUGGGUGUUUGAAAACAGCUCCUCCGUGCCCCAAGGUAUUAACGGUCCCAGCUCCCCCAAUCAAUACUUUCCUUUCAAGUAGGGAUAUUUGUACUGGAGCCCCAAUCAUUGUCCAUCUGGGAGCUUGCGAAACAAACUGCUCAUCAAAAAUUAAUUGCAAGUUAAACAAGCACCGCAACUCUGCGCAGGGGUGUGUUGGCAGAUGAUGGUGUUUCUUGAGAUGGGCAAAAUGUUGGAUUAGAAUUUCAAUUUUAGGCCAUUUUGGAGUGUGAGGACUUCUUGCUGUAAGGCUUGAAAGGAUGAUUUGUGGUUAUUCUCUACAUCUUAGAAGGUUUCAUUGUGUGAAGAUGACCUGCUGACAAACAGCUACCGGUUGAAGCAGUUAAGAAGAAUGGGACGUCACUCCCUUUGUCUGAUAAUGGUAUAACCCAGAAGGGCUCGCAGUUACUAUACCACUUCAAAAUUAAAAUACUUUGCUUUCUGUAACCGCCGCUCUGAAGAUUUCCUGAGGGAUUUUGGAAUAUUUUGCUGAUCUUGGAAGGAAAAUACUCUUUCUGGAGGGUAGAAUCCAGUUAAGAUGUGUCCUUGACAGUCUAAGCACUCUGGAGAGAGAUAUUUAACUGGAUUACUCUUUGUUUGAUUAUUUGAAAUUAAAAAGUGCUUCAUCUUCAAAGUGGCAAACUGAAGACUGAUUUUUCUGUGGAGACAGAGAGACAACACAGAAAGACAACAACAAAAAUGGCAACCGAAUCUCUCAACACAAGCUACGCCAGCACCUGCAACUGCAACCACACGGAUAUGAGAGUGCUGGUAGCUAACAACCACCAUCCAGUCUCCAACCACGCCAGCUUAAACCAAAUCAGCAUCGGCAACGUCAGCAACAGCACCAGCUCCUCGCAGAUGAUAAAGCGGCGCACCCGACUUGUCGAGAAGGACGGCACCUGCAACAUCCAGUAUGAGAACAUGUCUAAGAGCCGCUGGUGCAAGAUCAUCAAAGACAUAUUCACUAGUACUGUCGACAUGCCGUGGCGAUAUAACAUCCUCAUGGUUAUCGUGGGUUUCCUGGCGAGCUGGCUUCUGUUUGCUGUUCUCUAUUAUGGACUCGCCAUCGCCCGAGGUGACUUUGACCAUCUGGAUGACCCAGAGUGGAAGCCUUGCUUUAGAAACUUUCAAAACUUUAAGUCGGCACUGUUGUACAGCAUCGAGGCACAGACCACUAUCGGGUUUGGAUUUAGAAGCCCGACCGAACAAUGCGGGGAAGUACUCUUCUUCCUGAUUGUGCACACUCUCUGGGCAAACUUUAUUGAGGCAUUUAUUCUAGGAAGCUUCAUUGCCAAGGUCUCCAGACCCAAAGCCAGGGCGAAGACACUCCAAUUCAGCCACUAUGCCUGCAUGACGAAACUCGACGGUAAAAUGUGCUUCACCUUCCGAGUUGGGGACCUGCGGCAAAAAUCCCACAUUGUUGAGGGUCACAUGAGACUUCAGAUGGUGCGUCAUUACGUGACGAAAGAGGGCACUGUGAUCCCCUUCAAAUUCCUGGACUUAAAUAUCGGCCAUGAAUUCGGUGCAGAUCGCCUCUUCCUGGUGUGGCCACUUCAGAUUGUCCAUGUCGUUGAUGAAAAAAGCCCUCUGUACAGCAUCUCCCGGGAUCAUCUUCGGCACAUGGAUUUUGAAAUCAUCGCCAUCUUGGAAGGCAUCGUGGAAGCCACGGGCACAACAACCCAGGCUAGAACCUCUUAUCUCCCGGACGAGAUCAUGUGGGGCUUCCAGUUUGAGAACAUGGUGGAGGUGAGAGACGACUGUCACUUUGUGGAUAUGAAGCGGUUCCACAUGAUGAGGGAAUCGGAGGACUUCUCGAGAUGUAGCGCCAAGGAGGUUGAUGAGAUGAGAGAGGCAGAGGAUAGGGAGGUGGACAGAGAUAGCGUCUGGACGUCAAGGAGGAACAGCGGAAUAAUCAGGAGGUCCUCGCCCAUCCUUAGGGACGCGGAAAAUGUGGAGUCUCGAAUCUGAUGAUGAAGCAGAAUAUAGUCACGACUUUUCAUCAAAUCCAGCACCAAGGAACCAUGAAGAAAGACUAUGACAUCACUGGAGAGAACAAGAAGACCUUUUUUUUUGAAAAACUGCCUCAGUUGUAAAAACUGCCAUGAAGGACAAAAAAUGUAAAAAGUAUAACUGUUUAUUAAAGCCAAAUAAAUGUCAUUGUAAAUAUAUGUACUAUUUAUAAAAGGAAGGUUGUACGUUGAAACUUGCAGCGCCUUACACAUGUGCAGCUGUAGCAUAAUGAUGUAAACUUUAUAAUUAAUUGUAACAUAGUUUUAUCUGAGUGGUUUCCCCAUGUCUCACUGAAAUACUUAAAUGUUUUUGGGACGGGCAAAAUAUUACUUUAUUUUGCAUUGACUCGGAGCAAGAAAACACUGUGGGUGGUGGUUGCUGUGUGUGUCUAGAUAUAGAUUAGAUCUUUCCAGUUUGAACUCAGUUUGUUAUACACCAUUAUGAGAACUAUUUCAAUGUUUCAAUUUCAUGUUUCCUCAGAAAUCUUUAACGACGAGUACGUCACUUAACUCAAAAUGCACGAUAGAGCUGAGACAAAGCAUGGUUUAAAAAGAAAAAUUAUUAUCCACAUCCAAAAGUACAAAAAACUGCCAAUUGCACGACUGGGUGCCAAUGUAGAAGAUGUGAGUACGUACUAGUUUUUUUUUUGUAUAAAUUGAAAUGUCUUCAGAAAUCAGGGUGAUUUGUGAUGGAAAUUAAAGUUUA